GAUCCAAUGGCAGACUGCACAGGCAGUACAGUGGUCUCCCAGCAACGCAGUGUAAAUACUUAGUUACUGCUCUUGUCCUGGGAGGAUAAACGAGCAUGAAAAGAGUUAACAGAAACAUAGGUCUAAUACCGGUUACCUAAUAUAUAUAUACUGAGACUGCAUUUGUUGCACCAUCGUAGCAACACGGCACGACAGAAUUACAGAUCAGGCACACAUCUGAUGUUUGCUGGCUAGCCAAUGGGACUAUUUGACAAGUUGGUUGGAUGGCUGAGGUUAAAGAAGGAGGUAAAUGUGCUGUGCCUCGGUCUGGACAACAGUGGAAAAACCACCAUCAUCAACAAGCUCAAGCCAUCCAAUGCCCAGGUACAAGACAUUGUUCCAACAAUUGGCUUCAAUAUAGAGAAGUUCAAGACGUCCAGUCUCUCAUUUACCGUAUUUGAUAUGUCUGGUCAAGGCAGAUACAGGAAUCUUUGGGAGCAUUACUACAAGGAAGGGCAAGCAAUCAUAUUCGUCAUUGAUAGUGCAGACAAGCUAAGAAUGGUUGUGGCCAAAGAAGAAUUGGAUAAUUUAUUAAAUCAUCCAGAUAUCAAACACAGGAGGAUCCCCAUCCUCUUCUUUGCUAACAAGAUGGACGUUAGAGAUGCGCUGUCUUCUGUCAAGGUCUCACAGCUACUCUGUUUGGAGAACAUCAAAGACAAACCCUGGCACAUCUGUGCCACUGAUGCUAUCAAAGGAGAAGGUUUACAAGAAGGAGUCGACUGGUUACAAGAUCAGAUCAAAACAAUGAGAACGUGAGCGUGUGAGGAGCGACCACCAGACCCGACAGCAGGAUUCACAGAUGUUUUGUGAAAGAUUGGUUGACUUUUUAAAAAUAAAGCAUUAAUUAGAAUUUAUCCCGCUUCUGAUCACAUACCGUACUGUAUUUAGUUGAGUCUUUGACCAGAGGCCCGUACCAGGAAGCGAGCUAGAGGUAGCUGGAUGACUCCCAGUCUAUCCAGUUUAACCAAUCCACAACAAUGGCAAUCAGGAUCAGUGGUACCAUGAAGCUGGUUAUAAACUUGUUAACUCGCAUAUAUAAAGGUUCAACGUAGCAGACCAAUCACAUUCAUGAGUGCAGAACGGAGAGCGCUGUAUUUCUCCUUUUAGGAACAAAACUAUCGUAUAGAAAUACGAAGUGAGAUAAAAAAAACAAGUCUCAGUGAAAAGUCAAACAUGGUGGCGAUAUCAAAGAGCCGCCAAAUAACGUGGAAAAGGGUUGCUACCUGCUUAAAUGUGCAAAUUACACAUCAGUGACAUCCCAAUCACUGUACUGCAUUUUAAUUGCGGCUCAUCCCUCAGAUGUAACCUCUCAGGAGUGAAGAGGACUUGGGAGCAGAAAAAGAUAAAGUAUAAAACUUUAUGUCAUCUGGUUAGUUGGACUUUUUAAUUAAAUAAUGCUUGGGCUACAAUAAAGCUGGAAGCUGAUGCCACGGUUGCAUCAUGUUAAUACAAGGAGUGAUCAGUCUGAGUGAAGUCAUUCUGAUUUUUGAGCUGUGUGAGAACUCAGAUGAAACAAAUGGCAGAAAAUCUACUCUUAUUUUAAAAAGUGAAAGCUCUCAAACACCAUUCAUCCCUAAAUGUACAGAAAUACCUCAAUAUCUUCUCUACUAAAAUAUAUGCUAUAUAGGAUUCAGAUCCAUCCUGGAAGCUAGCCUGACUGUUCAGAGUAAGUUACCAUGGUAACAUGCCCUGCUAAUAAUGAAUCUGUUUCCAGCGUACUGUAAAGUCAGGGUUUAACAUGAAAUUACUUUGUUAAACUGGUAAACCUGCUUCAUGGUAAAGACCUCAGUUAAACUGGUAAGAGAUAUUCACAAAAAGGUAUUUGGCAAAUGUUUUUUAUUUUUUUAUACGGUUUGAGGGUUGACAUUUUUUAUUGUUCCAGUAAUUAUUGCUUAAUAUUAAGGACAUUAGGGAUAAUGCUUGAAAGCCAUUCUGUCCCCUCUAUAUUUGGUACACUAUGUGACUCAAACUACUAUGGCUUUAUUUUGUUAAUUUAGUCACAUAUUUAACUUCUGGGUGUGACAUCCAAGCUUUUUCAACUUUCAAUUUGAAGUGUAUGUACAGACCAAUUGCCAAAUGUUUAUUUGUUCUUUUUUUUUAUCUCAUAGCAGUCUGACAAUGCAUUUUGUGUUCCUUCUAAUUCCCACUCACCUCCUACCUCUUGGCCAGUACUCCCUUGAGAAGGUGAUUUUUUUUCUCAAUCUGAGUAACACCUGGAUAAAAAUGAAAAUAAAAAUCUGAGGAAAAAAAUGCUAAAUGUUUUUCCAACAGCUGCCUUUUGCUAAUCUCCAUAGGUGGAUGUCGUAUGGCACCUUACGACUGCGGCUUAUUUAAUAAUUAUUUUUAAGCAAAUUUUAUCUAGAAGAAAAAGGAAACAGACAAUAGAUAAAAGAUUUGACUGAAAUAAAAGGAUAGGUUAACUGCUAACUGAUCCGUUUUAGGAUAGUAUGCUUCCAUUAGAAUAAAACAAACAGCUCUAAUUUGGUCAAACUGUCUUUUACAGAUAUUAAGUUAGUAAAGAAACAAAUGUGAAUUUAGUGUGUAAAAAUUGCUGAUAAAAGUCAGAAUGUGGGUUUACAAAGCUAAAUUCCAGCUAAUUAUAUUUUUGCCUUGUUUUAUUCCUAACAAACAAGAUGUAAUCAUUCAAAAUGCUACUUUCAGGUUUAGUCGCAGUAUGCCCAUGAAUCAAAGGCAAAGUACAAAGCAUAAAAUUACAGCCUGUACAAAGAUUUUUUUUUCAAGUCUUUGAUCUUUUCAUGUUUUGUGUCUGACCUAAAGCUAGCUAUAAAACCAGUCUGUUUUGUUUCAAUUAAGGCAUGUAAUCUCAACCCAGCUUUAUAAAAAAAAGUUUAUUUUUCAGUUUUUAAGUCUCUUUUUUUUAUGGAAAAUGAUCAGAAAACAAGGAUUUUUUUACAAUUUAUUUUACAGUAUUAAGCCUGGUUACAUUUAUUUGAAAAGCUGGUCUUUAUUUCAGUCCUCUGUUUAUCCUUUAAAAGGUUGGUGAAUUGUGGCACAACGUUUUUAUUAUUUCAGAAAUGCAGAAUAGAAACUAUGUUCUCUAUUGUAGUCAUUUUCAAGCGUUUUUCCCUGUUCUGUGCUAAGCCUCUGAAGAACUGUUCUGCAAAUACUGAUAUGGAAAGAAAUGCUUUGGUUUGACUAAAUUAGUGUGUGUGAUUCCAAAUCUUGAAAAUAACCUGUGAAAUUGCUGCUACCUAAAAAAAUAAAUAAAAUAAAAAUAUGUUUUUGCAGUUUAGCACUCAGAGAAAACUUUUAAGGGUUUGUUUAGAUAUUUAGAAAACAGAUGUUACAAGGUCUGUGAUAGUUGUUAAGCAAGAAUAACAAUGUAUUUUAAUUUAAAUUAGUUCUUUAAACUUUUAUUUCUGACAGUCACAUGAUGUUUUUUGUUUUGAAGAGCUGGUGCACCUUAGUUUCUCAUCACAUACAUCUGCAGGCCUUUUUUUUAAAGCUUUAACCAAAACUAUCCCAAUCCUGCUCACAGUGAUAGUGAAGACCAUGUGAAUUUGUAAUGUUUCUGUGUCUAAAAUAUUUUAGAUUUUCUGUAUGAGGUUAAGUCAGUAUCCUGUAGCCCUUCGUAUCUGUAGGUCAACAGAGUCCCUGUGUAAUUGCAUUUUAUAUUUUAAGCGAGGUAAAUUCUUACAUCCAAUGCUCAAACUGCAUCUUUAAAUACAUAAUCUUUAAUUCAACUCUGUGUUUUAAUUUUUGAACAAUAAAAUUUGUGAAACUAAGUCUUGCCU